GCUGGAUUGUCAUCGGGCUGCUGUGUGCUGCGGUGUGUAAUGUCAAUCUUCUCGCCUCACACAGGACAGCUCGUAGCAAAGAUGAAGGCGGACACGGACUCUCUCUGAUCGCUGCAUCCAGUUUUCAUUCAGCAAAACCUUGCCCCAUGUGAAAAGGGCAAAGCAGUGUACUGCAUUUGCCCAAUUCUAAUAUGGCGGCGCUCAGCCCGGUUAGAUCGCUGACUGCUAUUUUUUUAUUUGUCACCGGCGGUCUGAUAAGCCGCUCGGACGGCAGAGAAGCGGUGGAGAAGACCGUCAUCAUCGGCCUGCGUCUCGAAGACACCGACGACGUGUCAUUCAUGGAUAAAGGCUUCCUGCGCGUUAGCGAGAGGUCGCGCGUGAAGUUGAGGGUCUACGGGCAGAACAUUAACAACGAGACGUGGUCCAAGAUCGCUUUCACGGAGCAGGCGCGCAGCAGCGUGUCCGGACUCGCAGACGGUCCAACCGGGUACACCCAAGCGGACGCUGCUGCCUUCCAGCCUUGUGGCAUCCGAUCGUCCGAUAUCAUCAUCCUUCCCAACGUGGAUGUGAGCCGAUCGACGUCCGGCGUCAUCGAGAUCGAAGUAAAACCCCUGCGGAAAACAGAGAAGAGCAAAGUGUACUACAUGUGCAUUGCCGCACCAGCACCUGCUGCCGACGGUGUGAACGACGCGUGGUCUGAAAACACCUGGAUCUACCACGAGGGGCAUGACACCAAAAUGCUCGUUGUGGAGGAGAAGAAGUUCUUGAUGCCUUUUUGGCUGCAGGUAAUAUUUAUUGCAAUGCUUCUGUGCUUGUCCGGCAUGUUCAGUGGACUGAAUUUAGGUCUCAUGGCACUUGACCCCAUGGAGCUCAGGAUAGUGCAGAACUGUGGCACGGAGAAGGAAAAAAAAUAUGCAAGCAAGAUUGAACCAGUGAGGAGUCAAGGAAAUUAUCUGCUCUGCUCACUGCUUUUGGGCAACGUACUCGUGAACACCACCUUGACUAUUUUGCUGGAUGAUAUUGCAGGCUCUGGCCUGAUUGCAGUGGUUGUAUCAACCAUUGGUAUUGUAAUAUUUGGAGAAAUUGUGCCACAGGCAAUAUGCUCAAGGCACGGGCUUGCUGUCGGUGCAAACACCCUGAUUUUAACCAAGUUCUUCAUGAUCCUUACUUUUCCUGCAUCAUAUCCUGUCAGUAAACUUUUAGACCAUGUGCUGGGACAGGAGAUUGGCACGGUGUACAAUCGAGAGAAGCUCCUUGAGAUGCUCAGGGUUACUGACCCCUACAAUGAUUUGGUCAAAGAGGAGCUGAACAUCAUCCAGGGUGCUCUGGAGCUCAGGAUUAAGACCGUGGAGGAUGUCAUGACACCUCUGCGUGACUGCUUUAUGAUUGCAGCUGACGCAGUCCUUGACUUUAACACCAUGUCCGAGAUCAUGGAGAGUGGGUACACGCGCAUCCCUGUGUUUGAGGGGGACAGGUGUAACAUUGUGGACCUCCUCUUUGUCAAAGACCUGGCCUUCGUAGACCCAGAUGACUGCACUUCUCUGAAAACUAUCACAAAGUUCUACAGCCACCCCCUGCACUUUGUCUUCAACGACACCAAGCUGGAUACAAUGCUGGAAGAGUUCAAGAAAGGUAAAUCCCACCUGGCCAUUGUGCAGAGAGUAAACAAUGAAGGAGAAGGAGAUCCUUUUUAUGAGGUUUUGGGUAUUGUUACAUUAGAGGACGUCAUUGAGGAGAUCAUCAAGUCUGAGAUUCUAGAUGAGACCGAUCUGUACACUGACAACAAGACAAAAAAGAAGAUAACUCAUCGGGAGAGGAAGCAGGAUUUCUCAGCUUUUAAGCCAACAGACAACGAGCAUGGGGUCAAAAUAUCACCACAGCUUCUACUGGCUACCCUGCGUUUCCUAGCAACUGAAGUAGAGCCAUUUGGUCCAGCUCAAAUGUCAGAGAAAAUCCUUCUGCGUUUGCUCAAGCAUCCCAACGUGAUCCAGGAGCUCAAGUAUGAUGACAAGAACAAGAAAAUGUUAGAGCACUAUCUCUUUCAGAGAAACAAGCCUGUUGAUUACUUCAUCCUCAUCCUGCAGGGGAAGGUAGAGGUUGAGGCUGGCAAGGAAGGAAUGAAGUUUAAAGCUGGGCCCUUUUCCUACUAUGGAUUGAUGGCCUUAACGUCAUCACCAGUUCCACUCUCCUUGUCUCGAACCUUCGUUGUCAGCAGGGCAGAGUCUCUUGCGGGAUCUCCAGAGAAUAAGUCACCUCCGCGACCUUUUGGACUGAACCACUCGGACUCUGUGAACCGGAACGAGCGCAUGGAAGCCCUAACUCCCACUCUGGCCAGCAGCAACAACCAGCUCAACGCCUUCCUUCAGAUCUACGUGCCAGACUACUCUGUCCGAGCGGCCUCUGACUUACUCUACAUUAAGGUGUCCCGGCAGCAGUAUCAGAAUGCUGUCAUGGCGUCCCGCAUGGACAAGACACCUCAGUCUUUGGACAGCGAGUUCACCAAGAUAGAGCUGACUCUGACUGAACACCAAGACGGACCAGGAGUCGAAUCAGCCGCGCUGCUCAUCCAACAUCAGAACUCGACUAACACACUCAAACCCAACCACAUCACACACACUGAUGGAACUAUCUAACGAAGACAGGAAAUGAGGUGAGAGGGCUAAAACAUUUUCGGCGAGCGAAGUUUGGGAAGCUUUCAUUGGGCAGCUUCUCUGGGAUCAACUGAAUCCUGUGAUAUUUUUUUUUCUACACGUAUAGACUUUACAGGGAAUAAGAGGGCGUGGUGAAAUACCAGAAUGGGAUGAGAAUGGGAUGCGCUCAGACACUGAGCAGUGAAUGACCUAGGAAUCAGCAGAUGUCACUCACUCAGCCAUGCUCUACUCAGAAUGCACUCACAUCCAACAGCAGAUAGAAAGAGAGAGAGAGAGACUUUGAAAGCUAUAGCACUGUCCAAUGUCCACCAUCACUCCGACCAAUAUUUUAACAGAAAGAACGCCUGUUCCUGGUACAUCACUUCCUGUCACCAAGGAUUUAUCACAAUCUUCUACCAGAGAUGGCAAGAAAAAGCAAAAAGUAGUGUUCAUUUAAAGUCAGCCUUGUAACUGCUAGACAUCAUUCAGGGACAUGUAUAUGCAUGUAUAACAGGAGACUCCUGCAGUGGACUUUAUUCAGCAUUGUGUAUUUGAAAAGGGGUUAUGAAGAGGAGCAGCAAGAACAAUUUCAAGACUAGUCUGGCAUUAAUUCAAUUACCUCAGAUUCAGCACGAAAGCUAUAAGCACUCUGGAUUUUGUGUAAGCAAAGUAGAGGAGAGUCUAGACUCCGUAAUAAUUUCGCAUUAUUUACAAAGAAGGAUAACGUUUUAGGGAGUGAAUUGGUUGCUUAACUUUUUUUUUUUUUUUUAAUAUAUGAAAGAAUGUACAUUUUUUGUAGACUGACCUGAUUAUUGAAAUAACAUUAACUGAAAUCAGGGCGUUCGAUCACAGUAUAGAAUGACCAAUGCUGCUGCAUGUCAAUCUAAAUGUCCCUGACAAACUGACCUACUUAGUGACGCCUUCAGCAGUUUGAGCAACGAAGCCUGAAGGGAGAGUGCCAUUUUGUGAUUUUACUAUAUACAAGGAGCUAAAAGAAACCAUUCCAGAGUGUUUCGUUGUGCUAGAUAGAGCGAAAGUGCAUGUGAGAGAUUAACAAUGGUCAGUCGUGAUUAGAGGAAAGUUAAUACCAGUAGAAUCGAGUGUCUUCAUUUCUAUGGCAAGGCCCUAGCGAUUUUCCACAGAAAUACAGAGCCGUUACCAAAGCACCAAGUCUCUGAUAGUCAACCAUGAAGAUAAAGUGCUACAGUUUUGAGUAACAGCAAAAAAAGGGAUGAAGCAUUAAAACUCGCGAUUAAACCCUCUAGUGAUGAGGAUGAUGUGGGUUGAGCUCAUAGCACUGAAACAUUCAGCUAAUUCUUGUGUCACGUUUUCGACAGUCUGUCUGGGUUUAGACUGUGUGCAUGUAACACGUAUACAGAAGUGCCAUGUACAGUGUUUGCAGUACAAAGACAUUCAGUAUGUUUACAUGUGAGGGAUUUUUCCAUGUACUUUACAGUGUCACAUUUUACAGUGAAUAGAGCGAGAGUGUAUGUAUCUCACAUCCUAACUUCAGUUUUUAUAUGAAAAAAAUUUUUUGGACCAUUUUGUUUAUCAGUAACGUUUUGGUUUCUUUAAUCGCAUGUUAAACUGUGUUUAAAAUGUGAAUUUCUUUCGUUUUUUUCCCAGUUUAAACAAUUCUAGUAUUUCUAUGCUGACUUUUUUAAUGAUUUCACAAUUUCCAUGUACCAUGUGAUGUCAUUUUAACAAAGUAACGUGCUAAAAAUCUAAUUAUGCUGAGUUCAGCAGUGGGCAUAAGGUACCUUUCCACAGCUUGCGAAACACACACACACACACACACACACACACACACACACACACGUGUUCCUUUUAUUUGUUUGCACCUCAGUCUGGAAUAUAUUUGCAAGGUAUGUUAGGUUUAGUUCAUACACUGUAAAUGGUGAUUCAGUGUUGUGUGCUCGAUUUGAAUGAUCAUGGGUUAGAACCGGAGUCUUAAGUAUUUAUGUAGCAACCUGUCAGUGCAAUAGUGUAUCCGUUACGCAGGGACAAUCAGCAGCAUAACAGUCCACAAAACACAAACACACACACGAUCAAGUGUCCUUGUGAACAGGAAACAGAAAAUCAACUGCUAGCCGGUUGAGGAAAGGGAUUUGAAUGUUCUCAAUGAGACACAGAACAAAAUAUAAUGAUGUUUCUGAGUUCACUGGGACAAUUUUGGUCUCCUGAAUGAUAAAUUGUUAACACUGAACCACGUCAUCUACAUAUUGUAUAAGCAUUAACAAUGAAAUGUUCUUCAAACUACAUAAUCUUCUCCAGUACGUACAAAGGAAUGUUUGGGUUUUUUUUCCUCAGAGGACAGCGUUGUGUCUUAAAGACUGUAAAAUGAUCAUGGCCCACCUUAGACAGACGAGGAAAUUUCUUCAGACAUGUGGUGCUCAGGCAUAUUGUUCGAAAUCCACCGUAUAUUGCUGCUAUUCAGAAUUGUUGAAUGUCUAUAGAGAUGCUGCAAAGGCAUUGAGAACAGAGAGGUUUAUUAUAUACUUACAUACUAUCAGCAAGAAAAUACUAUAUCUCUAUAUAAAGAAGUUGAAUGUUGGUAUUAUAAAAAUUGUUUUGACAAGAUUUGUGCUUGAUUGAUGCUUUUUUUUUUGGUUUGUUUGUUUCUCAAAUACCUCUUUGAUUUAACAAAUACAAGUAACACACUAAAGACUGUGUAUUUUGUAGUACAGAGUAAAACUCGGUGUAUUCUGUGUAUUUUAUGUCUGGUGUUAUUGAACUUGUUUUCGUUAUAUCUACUCUGCAUUUCCACCUGGACUUACCGAAAUAAUGCUGUCAAAUAUUUGAGCCUCCAGGCAUCCUAAAGUUGUGAAUCAGCGUAAUCAUUCUGUUUAGAAAAGACACAAGUGCGUGUCACAUGUAAUGAGUAUAUUUUGGACUAAAUUUUAGAUUUCAUGCAUGUUUUUUUUUUCCCUGCGGGCCACCAGGUGGAGAUACAGUGCACACAUAGGAAAGCAAAGAAAACAUGAAUUUUUACAAAGUAACAUAUAAUCAGGUUAAUGAUGAUGGCUACUUGAACUGUCUGUUAAUGAUACCUGAACAAACAGCAGCAAUGUGCUUGAAUUUAGUUCAUUUUAAUGUAAGAAUCCGUGCAGAUGCUAACCUCGCUACUAACCCUGAUGUUAAUUUUCUUACAUUUUUUUACAAAUUGGGUACGAAUAGUCACAAAUUUACAAAAGAAGAAAAACAACCAUGUUCAGAACUGAAGACAAACAUUAUUUCUUGCAUUCACUGCGGGUUUAUUGUGCUCAGGACAAUUCAACAAGGUUUCCACCAUAUAUAAUUGUAUUCAUUUUUUUAAAUAAAAAGUUGCAAUUGAUUGAGUAGGCUGAUGCCAUGGCAAGAUUAUUUUCCAGAAUGAUCCGCAAUCAAAGGAAUCAAAACAGAGUACUACAAAAACUGCCCAAGUCUAACAAACUUUGGAAACUAAAAUAUAACUGUAUCAAAUGUACGUAAAUCAGUGAUGAUGUUAUUGCCAGGUUACAGGUGCUAGGCUUGAACUGCACUUAUAUAGUGCCGUUUUAAGGACCUUAGUGGUUCUACAAAGCUUGUUCUACACAUUCACACACCAAUGGUAGCAGUCAUGCAAGGUGCUAGCUUGCCAUCGGGAGCAAUUGGGAUUCAGUGUCUUGCCAUGGACAAUUCAGCAUGUGGAGUCAUGUGAACCGGGAAUCGAACCGCCAACCCUACGAUUAGUGGUCAACCCGCUUUACCACCUGGGCCACAGCCACCCGACAGAAGCUUAGACAGACGUGCUAAAAUACUGUUUCUGCACAAACAAACUUUUUUUUGCUCGUUUUUGAAUAUGGGUUUCCCGUGUGUGACCGGUGACAAUGGGCAAUUAUUGCAAUGGCUGGAUCACAAAAACACCAACUUUAUUUCAUCAGUAAAAUUGCAGACUAGAUGUUAUCCUGCUUUUCUUUUUCAUUAUGAAAAAAAAAGAAUACAGCAAAAUAUAACUGUAAACAAUGUUUCAAACAUGUUUUUUUUUUUUUUUUUUGUCUAAGGCAUGACAACAGGUAUCAGCUUAACCAUUAUUUAAUCUCUGUGCUGCUUUUUAAACAUCACCACUUUGCUGUUAACACUUUACAUACACUUGGAGCUGUGACAAGUCACUAACUUUUUCUUCCUCCAAUUUGUGGUAAGUAGUUCAGGACAAAGCCAUUGAGAAAGCCAAAAGUCCAGAUAGUAUUUAUGCAGGCUAGUUGUGAUUGCAUCUGGAUAAGGCUCUGUUUGACUGUGGAAGUGGCUACAUGCAACAACAGGCUUAAUGUUUUACAUAUGCGUCACUCAUUAUAUGCUGUUAGACAUGCUGCCCCUUCCCCAUAAUAUAUAGCUGUUUCCAUGG